UGACCUCUGAACUCUUUCCUGCUGUUUUUCUCUCCUUCACUCAUCUGUUUCUCUGCUCUAUCGCUCCUCUGCUUUUUCUGGUUCUUCUGCUUCAUUACUUUUCUCUCAUUAUGGCCAUGAAAAUCGACUUUGCUCCGGCGAACAUUCCUCUGAAGAGGAGGCUGGAGACGGCCGCUGUGCUGAAGCUGGUCUUCUCCUUCCUUGCUUUGGCCCCCAUAUGUAUUGUGCUGUUUCUGUACCUCUUGUUCACUCGGUUCUGGUUGGUGAGUGUUCUUUAUGCCACCUGGUGGUUUGUGGACUGGGACACUCCGUCUCGCGGGGGCAGACAAUGCGCCCUGCUCCGCCGCAUGCCCCUGUGGAACUAUGUGAGGGACUACUUCCCCAUGCAGCUGGUGAAGACGGCAGAUUUGGACCCCAGGCAGAAUUAUGUUUUGGGCUUCCAUCCGCACGGCAUCAUGGUGUCCGGAGCGUUCACUCAUUUCUGCACGCAGGCCACCGGCUUCAGCAAGCUGUUCCCAGGCCUGGACAGUUACCUGCUGAUGCUGCCUCUGUGGUUCAGAGCCCCGUUUUUCAGAGACUACAUCAUGUGUGCAGGUUUGAUUCCAUCAGAUAAGGACAGUGCCAGUUAUCUGCUGCAAAGGGAAGGUGGUGGUAAUGCCGUGGUCAUUGCAGUGGGUGGAGCUUUAGAGGCACUGGACUCCCAUCCUGGGACCAACAUAGUGUUGCUGACCAGUAAGAAGGGCUUCAUAAAGCUGGCAAUGGAACAUGGUGCUCACCUGGUCCCAGUUUACUCUUUUGGAGAGAACGAGCUGUAUGAUCAAGUGGAUAACCCAAGGGGCACCUGGUUAAGGUGGAUACAGGACCAUCUGCAGACAUAUAUGGGUGUUUCUCUGCCACUGUUCCAUGCUCGAGGGAUUUUCCAGUAUAGCUUUGGCCUCAUGCCCUACAGGAAGCGCAUCACUACAGUUGUUGGAAAGCCAAUCAAAGUAGUGAAAAAUGAGAAACCUUCGAAUGAUGAGCUGAACGCUCUUCACCAGCUCUACAUGGAGGAACUCUCACAGCUGUUUGAGGAACACAAGGCCAAACACGGCAUACCUGAGGAUGCACACCUGGAGUGCCUAUGAGAGCUGCUGGCUCUGUGUGAGAGAAAAUGUUAUUGAAUAGCUGCCAGAACAAGAACUACACAGUGAAUGAAAGACUGAACAAUACUGGUGAUGAUGCUGCUAAUGUGAUAAUUUGCCACAGUGUUUUUUAAAUGAAAUAUUAACGAUGAUGUAUUUUUUAUGCUGUGCUAUUUUUCAGCUUUAAAUAAAUUAAUGGUUUAAUUUAA